CUUUCAAAAUCAACCGUAAAAUACAAAAAUGGAAGCCAUGUCUGAACAUAUGCACGAUGGUAUUGUGGGUGGAGAACCAUUGCAGAUUCCAGCUUUUUUAGGCAUGACGGAACAACAAUCCCGUCUGUUAGUUGCACUGUAUAACGAGACUGAUCCAGAGUUUGCCAAGAAUAUGCCUACUGCUUUACCUGUGGCAGCACAACAAUUAAGCAGCGAGUACGAGAAGCGCAACAGUGUUGGCAAGAAGUUGGAGCGUGCUAAUGUCAAGUGGGCCGAUGAAUACAAACUGUUUGACAAUGUGCAACAUGAGGCCGUCGAGAAAUUAUCCACCACCGACAUGAAUAUUGACAAGGCAGCAGAGAACUUGGAGUUGGAAGAGGAUCAAGAAAGCAGUGUCCAUGAUUUGGUUUUGGGCAGUUUAUUGUACGGUGGCAUUCGUCGUGAGCCUUCAGGUCCCGAUGAUCGUGCUUCCAUGUCUCCCGUUGCCAGUCCCAAUUUUGAAGGCGCCAAGCGUUUGUUGGAACGUGCACUCGAGAAAGGAUACACAAUGGCUGCUGUCCAAAUUGGCUCAUUCUAUAUGCAAGAAGAGAAAUUAGCUGCCGGUGCUAAUUUAAAGUCUGGUCAGGAUCCUAAACUCUUGGCCUAUGAAUGGUACAAAAAAGCUGCAGAUGCAUCCAAUCCUAUGGCUUGUCAUAAACUCGGCUUCUUUUUGGAAAAUGGUAUCGGUUGUAAGAAGGACAUCAAACGAUCCAUUGAAUAUUAUCAGAAGGCUUAUGAACAAGGCUAUCCCGAUAGUGCACAUAAUUUGGGUAUCAUCUACCAAGGUUAUGUCAAGGAUACGUCUUCUUUUAGAGAUAUUAAGAAGGCCAUCGAAUAUUUUGAACGUGCCAAGCAAUGGGGAUAUUCUGCAUCAUGCAAUGCACUCGGUAGAAUGUACUUGUUGAUGAGCAAGAAUAACGAGUUGGCCAAAGAAGCAGGCAAUCCAGGCAGUGAACCAGAGGAUUAUGUGGUGACUGGCAUUGAAUUGAUGGAAGAUGCAGCCAAUAAUGGAGAUGCUGACGCCAUGAUGAUGCUUGGGUUGAUUUUUGGAUCGAAAGACUACGGAUUGUAUGAUAUGGACAAGGCACAAAACUACAUGGAAUUAGCACUUGUUCGUGGUGAUUUAGAAGCAUAUAACUAUUUGGUGCGCAUUUUGAGAGCCAAGAUGGCAGCUCGUGUAGCACUCGAAAAGGAGAAUUUAGAGAAUUUUGAAAAAUUAAGUCAGGCAGACAGAGAAAAGUUGAUUCGUCAGCUUGCAAAGGAAGCCACACCCGAUAGUGCAACACAUCGUCAAUGCGCCAACAUGGCUUGUGAUAAAAAAGAGACUGAACCAGGAAGUUUCAAGCGUUGUGGUAGAUGUCAAAGGGUUUCUUAUUGUUCUCGUGAAUGUCAAAAAGAACAUUGGAAGACUGGACAUAGAGCUGUUUGUAAGACACAAGAUUAAAUUCCAAUAUAUCCUAUUCCGUACAUAUAGAUUUUUUUUUUUUUUUUUUUUUUU